AUGCCAUGCUCUUCUCAAUCCGGUAAUAAUUGGUUUAGGGCGUGUGCACAAGGAGACAUUUCGUUAGUCGAGCGGUUAAAGGCACGAAAGAAGGGCAUCUAUGAUAAUCGACCCUCGUCAGGAAACGGAUCAAUUUUUAAAGGAUUCGUGGGUCUACAUUACGCAUCAUAUUUUGAUCGUUUAGAUGUUGUUCGGAGCCUACUCGAUUUAGAAUACGACAAAGUAACUCAGUAUAGCGUUUUAAUCUAUCCACCCUCACAUUCUACUCCCAUGGAAGUGGAUACUCCUCAUGGUGUUCACUUCAGUGCAGGUGCUCCCAUCGAAAAGCAAGCAAAGACUAAGCAAAAAAGAAGCAAUCUUCAAAUUUGGUCUCACCAAUCCGCUGUAUCUCAUACUGAGAUUUUUGACACAAACACAAAUCUUCGGUCACUACGACCAUGUACUACUCUGUCGAUACAUUCCAUAAGCUGCAUGUCUUCUGAUCGCUUUGACUAUAUUAGUAGCUCCCCAAUGACGCCAAGCAGUAACAACAGUCAACCAUUUACUCUGGACAAAGGGUCUUCUGCUCUGAUGAUAGCAAUAGUACGGAGAAACUUUAAGCUGGCCAAGUACAUUAUUGAUUGGCUCAGGGAUCGGAGAAAAGACAGUAAGAAGUUGAGCUCCAUGCUAAAGCUGCAAAACGCUAGCUCAAUGUCGGCACUAAUGCUCCUCUGCACUAUGCGUGCAUCUGCUGCCGCUGCUGCAAUCUUGCAAAGUGGGGAUCUGAUGCUGUUACAUCAUGAAUUUGUGCUACUUUCUAAGGAAGGGAAAAGCUGUCUGCAUUACUGUAUAGAUAGUGGAUCAUAUCUGAUACUCGAAACGAUAUUCUUGGUUAUGUGUGACAGGCAUGCAGAGACUGAUGAAGGAUACAUGCUCAAGUAUCGGCUUGCACAGAUGCUGCUCUAUGAUAAGUCGAUACCCAAGCCCACAGUGAAGCCAGACAAGUUAGCGCGAACACCGUCGAAUAAUGCAUUUUCGAUCAAGGAUGACAGCUCUCCCACCAGAUCUUCCUUUGAGGGACACUCAUCUGAUGAUCAGAUCAUUGACCUGGGUAAUGUCUAUACUGCUUGUUAUUCUUCUAUUGGUGAAUUAACAAGCGAUCAACAACGACAACAACGCGCUCACAUAAACAUGGAGGGUAAUAAGUCACAAACAUUAUUAGACUAUGUGUUGUAUCAAACAAGCUCCCUUUCUGCAGAAGCACGGUCACGUAUAUAUGCACUAGUGUAUCACUAUUCAAAGAAAGUCUAUCUCUGGGCUGUACACGAUUAUAUUAAUAUAUGUAGAACCUAUUCGAGCAUGACGCCGGACAUUGCUUUCUUGCAGCACGUGAAGCGUUGGGUAGACUUCGAGGAGCGAUAUCCCAAGCCUCAAGUUCCCUAUUCUCCGGCAAACAAAGAUCUUGUAACAGAGCCAUGUUCUUCUCUUUCAGCUCGACAAUCUAUAAGUGUAGUGUCAAUGCACCUCUCUCCCAUACUGUCAACUGAUAUCACCGUGCGAUCAGCAUCUAAAUCAGGGUUUCACAGGCGCUGUCUUUCUUUGAGUAGUAUUGCUGCAGAACUUCCACCUUCGGGCCCUACUACUGUCUCUACUGCCACUUGUGUUGGUACCUUAUCGUCACAGAAUCGUUUACAACUUGCUUAUAUGAGUAAUCCUUUAGUCAGAUCAUCAACGGACAUCUGCAACCAAGAGGAUGAUGCUACUUUCCAUAGUCUGCCUGAGGAUGAUGUGCGCGACUCUAAACCUGCUUUGCAAGAGACCGGCUUUAAAAAGCGGAAAAACAGUGUACAGCAUCUUUUGGUCGAAGACAAUCCAGAGAGAACGGAGGAAUGUGAUAAUACUAACAGUCAACAAAUAGCGUCUAAUACGUCUAGUGACGACGCUAUUGACUCCCCUAUUACUGGUAUGAAUACUGCUAGGCGUAUAGUCUUGCUGGAUAACACUGAAACAGACAAAGCAACGUCCACUUCAGAAGCACUUCCGAUACCAUGCAAGACGCCGGAAGAGUCCAGCAAUAAGAACACAAUUACAUCAAUUACGUUACCAAGUACUAAAUUUAGUGACGAUUCAGUUACGAAGUCAUCCUCUACUCGAAGCCCAGGGUCUGUUCAGCACAAUGCAUUUCGUCAGCCUCGAGAGCUGCUGAAAUCAGCAUCAUUAGAUAAUGGCCCAGACUCUUUGUCAAGCGAUAGUUGUACAUGUUCAUGCACAACCUCAACAUCAGAUUUCAAUGGUAGCUGCAGAAGCAUUAUCCGUUUUAACGACAGCGCAAGUUUUGAAAAGGAAUCAGACAGCGAGCGGAACUCAGUCAUAAAUAUAACUUCCACACCUACUUCUGAGUAA